AUGACGGCUCUUUCACUUCUUACAGCCCUUGGGAAGGCUUUGAAUCUAGAGGCUAGAGGCCAUUACCAUAUGUCGCUAUCCCACUGGCUCAACAGAGCAAAGAUAGAGGAACACCUGGAUUGGCAUCGUUGCCUGAUUCAGCCCUCGCCGUUCAUCUCUGUGUUUAAUAAUGAACACGAUGCGAAUCGCCGCGCUCAGUACCAUGUAGACCGUGGGUGCUCCGGUGUAUUUGUGGCAGAGAUCGAUACCUCGUUUCUCGAGCCUGUCACUCUCCAGAUCAACUUCGCUCACGAAACCGUACAACUACCGGUCUGGAAAAACUACGAGAAUACUACCUUCAUCUCUACGCAGGCGGUUAGGAGGCAUUUAGGCGUCUCGCACAGUGUCAGCCAGCUCUCGGAGUGGUUUGCCUUGGAAUAUAUCCCUGCUUCAAUGAUCCGACAUACUGUCGCUUUUUGA